CAGGAGGGGAAGGAGACGUGUAAUAUCUGCCCUGCAGGCUUUUACUGCUUCUCAAAUAAUGACAGUUCAGGAGUAACAAUGCCAAAAGUUUGCCCCAUUGGUCAUUACUGCCCUCCUGGUGCCAGUUUUAUAACUGUGUACCCAUGCCCACCAGGAACAUAUGGACCAAAAACUGGAGGAUCAAGUAAAUUAGACUGUGAGGCCUGUCCAGCGGGGAUGUAUUGCUCUUCUGAGGGGCUUUAUAAACCAACCGGCUACUGCCAAGCAGGGUAUUACUGCUCUCAAGGGGCUAUAAACCCUACACCGAUCAAUCCACGGGUGCCUUCUAGUGUGCAUUCAUCGACCCAAAAUGACAUCUGUCCGGCAGGACAUUAUUGCCCUAAUGGUACCCUUGUGCCUGUGCCCUGCCCCCUGGGAACUUUUUCCAUGACAUCAGGACUUAGUUCAGACGAGGAUUGCCAAUUGUGCCCUGCGGGGCAAUACUGUGCCCAUCCUGGAUUGUCUGAUCUCUCACAAAUUUUACCGUGCUCCUCGGGGUAUGUCUGUAAGGAAGGGAGCUCUGUUCCUUGUCCAACGGAUGAGGUUCAUGGUUAUCAGUGUCCCAUCGGAUUCUACUGCCCAAGUGGCACCACUAUAGAAUUGCCAUGUGCCCCAGGUACCUUCAGUCCUAUGCCCGGGUCUGGCACAUGUCUGCCUUGCCCUGCCGGUAGCAGCUGUAUGCAAUCAUCCACAGCGGAACCAGUCAGCUGCCCUCGAGGUAAUUACUGUCCUGCCAUGACUGCAGCGCCCAUUCCAUGUCCAGAGGGAACCUUUAACCCAUUGCAAGGGGCACUGUCAUCAGCUUCAUGCAAGAAAUGCCCAGCGGGUAGAUACUGCCGAGGAGAGGCAAAUUGGCAGCCAGAUGGGCUGUGUUCAGCUGGGUAUUACUGCGAAGGAGAAGCAGCCGACGCCAUACCCCAGAAAACAGCGCGGUUUCUUUUAAAUGGGCAGUGUCCUGCAGGCCAUUACUGUCCAGAAGGAACGCAAUCUCCAAAACCCUGCCCUCCGGGAACUUUAAAGAACACUACAGGGGGCUUUUCAGCUGAGAGCUGCGUACCGUGCUACGCUGGAUAUUUCUGUGCCACCGGAGGUUUGAGUUCACCCACCGGGGAGUGCGCAGCGGGAUUUUACUGCCCAGCAAAUGUCACCUCUGUCAGUCCCACAGCAUUCCUGUGCCCCAGGGGUCAUUUUUGCCCCUCUGGUGCUUCCUAUCCAAUCCCCUGCCCCACCGGAGAGUACCAACCAAACAGUGGGUCCCACACCUGCAUCCCAUGUCAGCCCGGGUACUUCUGCCAGGAGGCCGUAGCUGGUGACCCUCAGAAAUGCCCUCCUUACUCCUACUGCCCUGCUGGGGCACUCUACCCACUAACAUGCCCCAAUGGGACGUACACCCUAAGCGAACGGGGCGGUCUCAGAGAAAAAGGGGAAUGUCUUCCAUGUCCUCCCGGAAAGUAUUGCAGAGGAGGUAAACUUCAGGGAGCCUGUUCGGCUGGACACUUCUGCUUGUCCGGCAGCUCAGAAUACACACCAUAUGGGCAAAAUUUCAGCCGCAGCUCAUUAAACGAAUGCCGAUGGGGUCAGAUGUGCGCAGGAAUCUGCCCAGCAGGUUUCUAUUGCCAAGAAGGCACUGUCCUACCCCAUCCAUGCCCUGCCAAUACUUUAAGAAUGGCCCCGGGAGCUCGACAUCGAAAUGACUGCUUGCCCUGCCCUCAGGGGUACUGGUGUAGAGAAGGGAACCCGGCACCUGCCCCAUGUCCAGCAGGACAUUUUUGCACUGGAGUCAAUCAGACGGUUGCCGAUGGAAUAGUUGGGCCUCAGGAAUGUCCCAUUCACACCUACCGAGCUCUCCCUGGGGCUGAGAGAAUGGGCGAUUGUCACAAGUGCCCUCCAGGAUAUUACUGCAACAUGCCAGGUAUCACUACAUUUGAAGACUUCCCAUGUCCUCUGGGGUUUUGGUGUCCAGGGCUAAGGGAUCCUGUGGCCUGCCCUGCUGGUACCCUGAGGAUUGAGACAGGAGCAGCUUCAAUUCAGGAUUGUGAGCCUUGCCCUGUAGGACAUUACUGUCCGGACCCGUCCUUGACUCGGGGAGCCAACAUUAUGGGAAUCCCCUGCCGGCCUGGCUAUGAGUGCCCACUCGGCUCUGUUACUGAGACUAUAUGCAGGCUUGGAUCCUACUGCAUAUCUCGGACCGGGGUCCCCCCAAUAUGCCCCGGGGGGUAUUACUGUCCUGAAGGGUCAACUACAUUUAACACCAGCCAACAGCUAUGCACGUUCCCUCAUUUCUGUCCUCCUGGAAGUCUGCAGAUGAUGCCCUGCCCAGGGGGCAGUAAAGCAGUCCAGGUGACCGGACUCAGGGACUCAGCUGAAGCUUCAUGCAAAAGCUGUGAACCCGGGACCUAUCGUAGCAGCACAUCCGAGAUUGAGUGCCUGCCCUGCCCAGCUGGAUUCAGCUGCCCUCCUGGUGCAGAGAGCUAUCUACAUCAUGAGUGCCAGGCUGGCUAUUACUGCCCAGCGGGUGCCACUGCCCCGGUACCCUGCCCGCCUGGAACCUACGGAAGCGGCGUUCAGGCUCAGAACCCAGAGGACUGCCACCCAUGCCCAGCUAGUACCUACAACCAUUUGAUUGCUCAGGUGGCUUGUUUUCCAUGUGGGAGCUCCUCCGAUUCCCCAGCAGGGGCUAAGAGCUGUAUUUGUCACGGCCUUAAUCGCGCCUUCCAAGAAUCUGACGGAUCCUGUAUUUGCCAGACUGGCUUUGUGUUCUACGAUGACAGAGAGAAAAAACGUUCCGAUGGAAACAGUGACCAGGACUGUCAACCGCAGGUAGAAGAACGCUGUGCUGCCAUUGAAGUGCGUUUGGCAUCUACAAGAAAAUGCGUUUUACCAGAACACCAUGACUGUACCCCAUCCUGUGGCCUGCUGGGAGGCGAACUGAUCCCCGAAUUUGGAAUGUGUCACUGCGUACAGUAUGUUUCAGCCGAAGAGUUGUGCGACAGAAUCUGUUUAAUGAAGAUUCCUCGGAUAUCGAUGAGUUUUGGCCCCAAUAAACAGUUUGUGCUACAAAUUGAGGAAUCCGAAUUGAGGAGGAGCAGGAAAGUGGAGGUGUUGAAUGUACUUGGCCCGGAUGAUCACAUUUGGCGCAGUGAGCGGGUUCACUUAGUCAUUUUUGGCUCAAGUGGCGUGUUCGGCGUCAUACCUUCGAGCACACAAGUAAUGGAGGCUUUUUUAACAGGAGAUUCCUGGUCCGUUCCAACACCUCGAAAAUCACGAAAUGUUGAACAAGUUUUAACUUUGUCAGAAUUUGGACCUUUACCGAGAAUUCCGAACCCAAUAUUGUGUCUGACGGUUGGAGACACCGUGUUUUUCCAACUCAGCAUUAACCCAGCUGAUAAAGCUUCCAGCCAUUACCCAGUUUACCAAAAGGACCACCUUUACAACACCAACCCAGACUGGGACUUUGGUGCAUUUAGAAGACUUCACCAUCUUAUCAGAGAGACCCAAGUAAAUUCAUCCAGGUUUGCUCAUGUUUUUGUGGAGCCCGGCACGUACGUCUUCGUAGAUAAUGGCAGCAAGGAUCGCUCUCUGUUUGUGACUGUGAAAGAAACAAAUGUCAAGUGUGAUCCGGUUGCAUCUCAUGUGCAGCCUUCCUCCCCGUAUCAGCUAAUCAAACAUGGGAUCGCAAACCAUCAGAAACUCAACCUGUCGCCAGACUGGGGCGUUAUCCUGGGUAUUCUGCUGUUACUUUUCCUGGUUAUGAUCAUUCUGCUGGUUUUAACCAUCGUAUUGAGACCAUCACUCUACAGUCCCAACCCCAUGAGAGCUUGGAAGCCUCGUUGGAGGAGCCUUGGAGAGCCUUAUAUUCCCCCAGAAUUCGUACUCACAAAAGACAGCCUUCAGUUCUAUGAAACACAUGGCCAGCAUGCUUCGGGAGAGAUACUAGACAUUGGAAAAAAGGAGAUUGAUUAUGGAUCAGACCAGAGAAGCACAAUCCGAAAUUUAGAGGAUUUCAAUGUACGGACAUUAUUUGACAAACUUGAGGAUCAAAAUCUCCAUUUAACGUCUCAGUUGGGGAGACACAGAAAUGACACACUGUCUUUCUAUAAAGCUUUUAUACAAAGGAUUCAACUGUUAACGGAUUUGUUACACGGACUGGUAAUGAAUGACUGCAAUGUUUCAGAAUGGAGCAAGACCCCUCUAGAGAGGGACUUGGCCAGUUCCUGCUCCGGUGUGGCCUCUCAGCAAAGUGAGGAAUCAGCAACUGGUACCAGCAGAGACUACCAAGUACACCGCAAUCAAGGACUAUUUUGGCAAGAGGCAUCUUCCCUAAUGAAAGCUCUAAAAAUCAUCUUGAUGAAAGUCUGCUCGGAGCAGAGAAUGAAGAAAACGGAUCAGGUGUCGCAUAGUCACAAACACAGCGGAGAAAUGAUACACAAUGAACAAAGUGAUAACAGUCAGGUGAUAAGAAAUGUGUUUUCAAUUGAAAAGGGCAUUUAUUCACUUGUCAUUUACCUGAAUUAAACCUUACACCAAAAUGCCAGAGUUUGAA